UAUGAUCUCACCGUUUUCAUAGACAAAGACAAUGAAAAACAAGAAGCAGAAAGCAAGGAAGCAGAAGAAGAGGAAGAGGAAAAGACAAGGUCAAAAGGGAAGAAGAAAAUGGCGCGACGACCGUAGAGGAAAAGGGACCUUCUUGAAGAACAUCUGGCACUGGAGAAUGUCCAGGGCAACCGCCCACAGACCCUUGUUUUGUAGGGAUCAGGAGUACACCCACCAUCUCGAACAGACGCCUCACUCGCUCUUCAUCAACCCGCCUAGAACAUUCUAGGCUCAAACAAUUUGGCGUCCACCGUGGGGCGAGUGAAGUACUGAAGAAAGAUGGAUGGGAGCUCUAGAACCCCAGUCGAAGGCGUGGUAGAAAGAAGCGACAUCUACGGAC